AUGUCAUCUAAUAAGAGAAAGAACUUAAACUCAAGUGAAGAGCCUGAAUUGAAAAAGAAGUUAAGAGGCAAUAAAUCUGAAUCAGAAGAUAGUGAUAUUGAUGCUGAAGAAUUGAAUGAAGAAGUAGACGUCUUAGAAGACGACGGCGAAGUCACUUCUGAACAUUCCGAAAUUAAUAUGGAAGAAUAUUUAAAAUAAAAAGAUGAUAUUCCCGAUUAACCCUCUGAUGCUUAAGGAGAUCAAGACGAAGAUGAUGAUGAAGACGAAGAAGAAGAGGAGGAAGAUGAAGAAGAAGAGGAAGAAGGUGAAAGCAGUGAAGAAGAACAAGUUUAAAGACCUGCUCCCAAAAAAAGCAAUGAUGAUGAUGAAGAAGAAGAUGAUGACGACGAAGAAGAAGAAGGUGAUGACGAAGAUGAUGAAGAAGGCGAUGAAGAUGAAGAAGAAGAAGAGGAAGAUGAAUCUGAACCUUAAGCAGCCCAAGUUAAAAAAUCUAAAAAAUAAGUUCCUUAACAACAAGAAGAAGAGGAAGAUGAUGAAGAAGAAGAAGAAGAUGAAGAAGAUGCUGAAGAAGAAGCUGAAGAAGAAGAUGAUGAUGAAGAAGAAGCUGAAGGAUCAUCAGAAGAAGAUGAGUGA